UCACAGGUUAAGUUGUUUGAUCCAACCUGUAAAAUAGAAGAAUUUUUGAGUCAGACAUUAGAUCCUCCUGGUUUUGAGUCUAUUCGAAGUGCUGCUAGAGUUCUUCAGGAGAUUGGGGCAUUGUCAGUUGAUGAACACCUGACAGAGCUAGGGCAGAAGUUUGGCUAUCUUCCUGUUCAUCCAUAUACGAGCAGGAUGCUUAUUUUCUCCAUAUUAAUGAAUUGCCUUGAUCCAGCUUUAACACUUGCAUGUGCAUCUAAGUGUAAAGAUCUAUUUGUGCUUCCUAUUUUACCUGAUGAAAAGAAGAGAGCUGCAGCUGCUAGAUCUGAGCUUGCUUCGUUGUAUGGGGGUUGUGGUGAUCAGUUUUCUAUAAUAGCAGCAUAUCAAUGCUGGGUUAAUUCAAAGAAAAUGGGUCUAGAAUCACGGUUUUGUUCUCAGUACUUUGUUUCUCAAAGUGCAAUGAGCAAGUUAGAUGUCAUGCGGAAGAAUUUAGCUGGGGAACUAUAUAGGAAUGGGCUUAUUAAUAGGAGUAGUAGAAAUUAUUGCUCUAAUGCCUAUGAUCCUGGUAUACUUCAAGCUGUUUUGGUAGCAGGGAUGUACCCGAUGGUUGGGAAAUUGUUCUUUCCUUACGGAAGUGGAAAGAAGAUUCUUGUUAACACUAAAAGUAUCGAUAGUGUUUGCUUGAAUAGUCAUACUUUGAAUUAUAAGUUGUCUUCACAGAAAAUUCUUGAUUGCUCUUUUGUUGUAUAUGAUGAGAUUACUAGCGUCGACCGGGGCUUGUGCAUAGGGGACAGUACCAUUGUUGGACUAUUUCCAUUAUUUUUGCUUUCCAAAGAGAUUGAUGUUGAUCAUGCAAAGGAUUGUACUGAUAAUAUAAUCACAGUAAUCAUAGAUGGAUGGCUUUAUUUUGAGUCAACAGCAUUCGAUGCUUUUCACAUGAACUACUUGAGAGAGCUAUUAACAGCAGCAAUUAUAUACAAAGUGACAUAUUCAACGGAUGUUCUUUCUCCUGUUCUACAAGCCGCAGUGGAUUCCCUAGCUUGCAUUCUUUCUUGUCAUGGGCGUUCUUGCAUAUCACUCAUCUCAGAUUGUGCUAUGAAACAGACUACAACAAAUGCUACUAAUACAAAAAAAUUCCAAACACAGCUUAUAAAUCAAGAUGCACACCAGACCAGUCCAUCUCAAGUUAAGGCAUCUGAACCUGAGGCCAUUGAAAAUUCAAUUAACCAGACAAGUAAAAAUGCUCGAAUAGGUUUGGCUUGUUCGAAUCCAACAAAGAAAACCUUCUUGACUCUUGAAGGAUUCUGUACAGGGCUUAUAAAUCACAAUGAUGUGCCUUCUAGAGCUAGCAAAUCCACAGGUGCAGAAAAGCCUAGGGAUCCCACAAGAAGGAACACUGAAACAGGUUCAGCUCGUUCAAUCCAGACAGCACAUUUAAAUGAUGACGUAACCAUGACUGAUGUGAGAGCUUCUAGACAACCAUAUCAACCAAAAAAGUAUUAUUACUGGCAUGGGGCUUGCUAUGAAAAGAUCUGGGUUGGGUGGUCCUUUCCUGAGGUGGGAUGGAUUAAAGCUAAUGUAGAUGGGUCUUAUAAGCUUGAAGAACAUCUUACUAGCUGUGGUGGAGUUUUCCGUGAUCACACAGGUUCUUGGUGUUUUGGCUUCACGUUAAAUCUUGGAACAUUCUGUUUCGGAUCAUCAGAUCCAACGUCUAAUGACUUUAGUGUGCAAUCUGAACUGUGGGGUGUCCUGACUGCCCUGAAGCUUGCUAAGGAGAAAAAGAUUUCGCAGCUGUGGAUUGAGUCUGAUAGUGUUGAUGCAGUGGACUGUGUUCUGAAUAAACGGGCGGAAAAACAUGAUCUUUAUACUCCUCUUGUUCAAUCGAUACUUGAGUUGAUUGAGGGAAAUUGGAAGGUUCGAAUCUCUCAUAGUUAUCGUGAAGGAAACCAAGUGGCUGACUGGUUGUCAAAAUAUGGGCAUAGUAAGGAGAUAGGUCUCCGAGUGUACGAUGCCCCUCCCAAAGGGGUAAAAAAACUAUUAAUUCGGGACUAUUCUGGAUUCUCUAAACAACGAUAUGUACGUCUCACUGCAAGAUGACCUAAAUUACGGGUAUUACUUUCAAUUUAAAUUACUAUUCACUAUUCACUAUUCAUGUUAUACCACAUUUCUUAGGUCUAACCUUAUGUGAAAACUCGGUAUUCAUUGCCAACAAAUGCCUUUUUUCUUAUAUAUAUGCUAAAUUCAUCUCUCGGUAUAUCUUCUAUUAUACUAAGUUUCAAAAUUGAAUCCUUAUUCUUAUGUAUAU